AUGUCUGAGACACCUGUCAUUGUCGGAGUCGGCGACAUUAUAAAUCGCCAUCUUGCAGUCCAUCAUGCCGCAGAGCCUGCUGAGCUAAUGCUCGAUGCCAUUUCCAUCGCUCUACAGGAUACUGGUCUCUCAUUAAAAGUAAUCGCAACGCUUAAACCCAGAAUCGACAGCAUAGAUGUUGUUCGCACUUGGACGUGGCCAUAUCCAGAUCUGCCUGGUUUACUCGCUGAGAAACUUGGUGCUCGACCUACUCACAGCUACUGCUCUCCACAUGCAGGUAAUCAAUCUGCGAAACUGGUCGAUGACGCAGCUCGUAGAAUCGCGAGUGGAGAGACAAGGUUGGCGGUGGUGACCGGAGGCGAGGCAUUAGCAUCACUGGCUGCUUGUGCUAAAGCAGGAGUUAUGCCUCCACCAAACUGGACCCCGGUCGAGAAGCCUGCGACACAAGUAUUCGCCCCCUCAAUGAGUGAGAUGGCCAAAGGCAUUGGGUCAAAACAUAUGAUCGGAGCACCCAUCCAAGUAUAUCCACUCUUCGAGAACGGUCUUCGUGCUCAAAGGGGCCAGUCAAUGGAGGACAACAACACUGAAAGUGCAAAGCUAUAUGCUGAAUUUGCCCAAGUUGCGAACAAGAAUCCAUUGGCAUGGAAUUUCCCUCGAACUGCGGAAACCGAACAAACAAUUGGUCGUGUCUCUAGCAGGAAUCGCAUGAUAUGUUUUCCAUACCCUCUACUGAUGAAUGCUUUCAAUACAAUAAACUUAGCUGGAGCAAUGAUUCUGACGUCCGUUUCAUAUGCUCGCGAACUAGGCAUCGCCGAACACCGGUGGAUCUACGUGCUUGGAGGUGCAGGCACACAAGAUAGCGACAAUUUCUGGGAGCGGCCGGAUUUUUACUCGAGUCCUGCAAUCAGUCGCGCGCUGGACGCCGGACUCGAGGCGUCUGGACUCAGCAAAUCUGAUAUAGACAUGUUCGACUUUUACAGCUGCUUUCCUAUCGUACCCAAAUUGGCCUGCCUACAUCUUGGUCUGGACGUGUUGCAGCCUGAAAAGCCCAUCACUUUGCUUGGCGGUCUGACAAGCUUUGGAGGAGCAGGCAACAAUUACUCUAUGCAUGCAAUGACAGUCAUGACACGAAAGUUACGUGCAGGCAGUGGCACUCAUGGUCUUGUGCUCGCAAAUGGCGGUGUCCUGACAUAUCAGCAUGUCAUCUGUCUGUCGUCUCGACCACGAGCGGAUGGUCAACAUUAUCCUGCUCGUAACCCCCUGCCUUCCAGACUUGAGGACAACACUGUGCCUGAAAUCAAUGAGACUGCUGAAGGAGAAGCCAUUAUUGAGACAUAUACGGUAGACUUUGACCGCAAGAACGAACCUUCACUAGGUCAUAUUGUAGGUCGACUGAAGAGAUCCGGGCAUAGGUUUAUUGCCAAUCACGGAGAUGCUGCAACGUUGAAGAGGCUUGCGAGCAAAAGUGAAGAGCCUAUUGGCAUGUGUGGCUAUGUGCGAGCGGACAGACAGAGUCGCGGAAGGAACUUGUUCUCUUUUGGAGCGAGCUCUAGACUGUAG